AUGAAUGAUGCCCAAGCAUCGGACACUAUUUUUGUCAUUACAAAUAAAAGCUCGGAUACACAGGAGCUACGGACAUCCUCCUAUGACAACACAGCGAUCUUAUCUCACGUUGAUGGUCAACUUGAUGGCAUUCAAAAAUUCAAAGCUGUUUUAAGGAAAGAAAAGAGCCCUGGCUGUCUAUUUAACUUGGUACGCCAUGAAGAUUCUUGCUUUCAAUUCAAUAUAGAGAACACCCAGACAUGGAACAGUGCUCGUAAAACAUGUCGCAGCAUAUAUGGUGACUUGAUAGAUGACCAAAACUUAUACGGCUUGAGAACUCUCCCCUUAGAAAAGCUGUUUGGAAAUGCAGGGAAAAUCAGUGUAGACUUGAAAUUGUGGUACAAAAGUUUUCAGUUUCAUAAAGACUUGGAUGUGCGGUGUGGUGCAUUCGACUUGAUAAAGAAUGCGAGAGAGUACAAGAAGUGUUCGGAGGAAAAGCAUGGAUUCAUCUGUCAAAGCAUUMCAGUUGACGUCGCAAGGGGACGCCCAGCUACUUCAUCUUUAGUAAAUUCAUCCUUGGCAUCCCUAGCUGUUGAUGGCUCACCUUACACCUGCUUUUACUACAAAACGGCGAUGAUUUGGUGGUUGAAAAUAACGCUUUCUCGGACGAUGUUUGUUCAUGAAGUUCGAUUCGAUCAAGAAUCAGAUUCUUUAGAAAUAUUUGUACUAGAAAAGGACCACACUAGAUUAUGUUUUGACUUCAAAAUGGAUCGAACUGACUCUGGAAAAAUAAAAAAUAUCUCCCGGUACCGUUUCAAGUGCAAGUACUUGACUAAGGGUAAUGAGGUUUCUAUUACGAGAAUGAUAGGCCAUGGAAAAUUCUGCGAAAUCUCUGUCAUCGCUUACAAUUCGAGAGAUGACAUUAAAGGAGUAGUCCGUGAACUCUGGUAUGAUGAUAGCAACAAAGCUGUACAGACUAACCUCCCGACUCUGAUUUCGCCUUUUGAAAUUGACGAGGAUUAUAAAGAAGUCUUUACCACAUUUUUGAAGGUUCCAUUAAGCGGUAAUUAUACUUUUCAUUUGUACUGUUCAUACGAUAACCCUUGCAAAGUAGACCUGAAGCGAUGGGAUGAUCAUGAAUCAAUUUACAUGAGUAAAUGGCGCUACUACGAAUGGAAGGAACUUCUAUCGGAUGAAAAACCAACUGUCUUUAAUGAAGAUGACAAGUGCGUCCAUUUGACAUCCAAGUCAUUGUACCUCAGCAGUUGUACCAUCUAUGUAUUGACUGUUGACAACCCAAAAGCUAGAACGGAGAGUUUUACUGGAUGUUUUUCUGUUGGCAUGACAAGACCCGAAAAUCCAAUACACUGGGGACACUUGUUUUCUAGAGACCCAGGUUUAAGGAUUUUGGAGUUUGAUAUUAUGGUAUAUGAUGAAAAGCAAAAUGGCUCUCGGACGCUUCUUAACGUACAAGGACAAAGCCGUCUUCGUGGUCCAGAUCUUGGAUUAGCUCAGAAAUUGCCUUUUGGCCCUGUCGAAUACGUAACAGAUAAUGUUUUGCGAUCGUACAGAAAUACAGGAUUUAUACGGUCUCAUCCAAAUUACCACGGUCUAGAUCCAAGUUGGUGGGAAACUUUGGUAUAUUCCUUUGACACAAUGUAUGUAGAAUUGGGACAAACUAUUCAUUUUCAAGAUCUUAAGCAAAUCCUGAAAUCUGAUUUGUUUGUAGCAGUACAGAUGCCAGAUUAA